AUGCAGGCCGGUCUUGCUUUGUGGUGCAACCCAGGAAGCUGCGGACAUCCGUCCCUUUGCGCCCGGCCGUGCAUUUACCUGGCCAAGAAUGGCGCAUGCCACGUGGACGGGUGCAAUUUCUGCCACAUGCCGCACGACCAGCCUGCAUCAAAGCUCAACCAGAGGCAGCGCUACGUGUUGAGGCAGCUCGACCACAAGAGCAAGAUGGACUUGAUGCUUGAGGCUGUGCGUGAAGGGUUAGAACGGGAAGGGCUCGCAACCCACGCUGCGGAGAUGACCCGCCUUCUAGAAGAGGAGGCCGCAAAGUAUCCACAGCAAGCGGGUCCUAGGAGUCAGAAGAGACAGCUCCACGACCUCCGCAAGGCCUUCAUGCGCAUGACUGUAUCCGACACCAUCAAGUCUUUCGAGGAUGUUCUUCCAGAGAAAGCGCUUCAAUACUUCCAGGACUUGCGCCAAGGUUUGGUUCCGCAGCCGCCGCAGACAUCCGCUUUGACUUCCAAGUGUGAGCUUACCUUGAAGGACGCUCUUGCUUUGUACCCUUUUCCUAGAACCAAGCUUGCGACUUGGAUCCUGUGA